CAUAGGGAUGCGCAGGUGUGCGCAAUGUAAAAGUUUCCCUCACUCUCCUCUCACAUCGUGCGCGGCUCCACAUUCCAUCAGAGUCACCGCUCGCUUCCCUCUAAUCCCCGCCCCCUUCGGACGCUGCGCAUGCUGGGAUGCCGUGGCCGUCAGUUGGAGGCCGCGCUCCGCUGUGAGGAGUUGUGCGGCCCGCGGUGCAGGUGGCUGUUCGGUGUGUACGUGCGGUGACUGGAUAACCCGGAACGGCGGCGGUCUGUACAGAGCUCUGUGGUGCUUGUGCAUCUAAGAUAAUGGAAGAUCAGUGUCAGGCCAUGCAGGGACCACCAGUGCCUCAGUUCCAGCCACAGAAGCCACUACGACCAGACAUGGGGUAUAAUACACUGGCCAAUUUCCAGAUUGAGAAGAAAAUUGGCAGGGGCCAGUUCAGUGAAGUAUACAGAGCCAGAUGCCUUUUGGAUGGAGUACCCGUUGCUUUAAAAAAAGUUCAGAUUUUUGACUUGAUGGAUGCCAAGGCAAGAGCUGACUGUAUCAAAGAGAUUGACCUCCUUAAGCAACUGAACCAUCCAAAUGUCAUUAAAUAUUACGCUUCCUUCAUUGAGGACAAUGAGCUGAAUAUAGUCCUGGAACUGGCAGAUGCUGGGGACCUAUCUAGGAUGAUAAAGCAUUUUAAGAAGCAGAAGCGGCUGAUCCCCGAGAGGACAGUUUGGAAAUAUUUUGUGCAGCUGUGCAGUGCCUUGGAACAUAUGCAUUCCCGCCGUGUCAUGCAUAGAGAUAUUAAACCAGCCAAUGUGUUUAUAACAGCCACAGGCGUGGUGAAGCUGGGGGAUUUAGGCUUGGGCCGCUUCUUCAGCUCCAAAACCACAGCUGCACAUUCUUUAGUUGGUACCCCCUAUUACAUGUCACCAGAAAGGAUACAUGAAAACGGAUACAACUUCAAAUCUGAUAUUUGGUCGUUAGGAUGUCUGUUGUAUGAGAUGGCAGCACUACAAAGUCCAUUUUAUGGAGACAAGAUGAAUCUGUACUCUUUGUGUAAGAAGAUAGAGCAGUGCGACUAUCCACCAUUGCCGUCUGAUCAUUAUUCUGAGGAGUUACGUAUGCUGGUGAACAAUUGUAUAAAUCCGGACCCUGAGAAGAGACCAGAUGUUACCUAUGUGUAUGAGGUUGCAAAACGUAUGCACGCCCUGACCGCCAGCAGCUAAAUUACUAUUUUUAUCAGGACACUUCAACCCCUCGUCCUCCAUUUUCAAGAUUUUUCAGGCCAUACAUACUGUUGGAGGGCAAAGUUUUAGAACUUCAUAGUUGCUUAAAGGGUAUUUGGGGCAUUUCCAACCCUUUUACCAACAAGUUCUAGGAUGGUAGGCAGAGUUUUUUUUCGAAUGUUAAGCUUUGGGAAAUUUUUAAGUAAAGGCACCAAUUUAUUUUUUUAUUUGCACUGUAGGAAGUUGCCCUCAUUCUGCAGCCAGGUUUAGGCCAUGUCAACAGCAUUUUCACUAUAGACUAUAAUUGAGCACCUUAAACUCUUACAAUGCCUGAUAUGUCUCUUGUGCUCUUUAGCUGUAGUUUAAGAACGGAAAUACCUACGUUAUCAGCCGCAAAUUGUGGUUAAUCUAAUAUGUGACUUCCUAAGUUUCGCAGGACAUGGUUAUAAACCUUUAUAAACGUUAUAGAAAGGUACAAUGUCUUUUUCAUGUAAAUAUGGUCAGUCUUUGGCACAUCACAUGAAAUAAGAUUGGUGUGCUAAUUUGGAUGUUGGUCAAUACCAUCUUCAACUCUAGUCCUUUUGCUACGAGGCUGCUUAUUUGCUUUUUUUUUGAUAAUGCAAGAGAAACAUUGUGCCUUUUUAAAUAUUUAAACUGUAAUGCAUGGUAAUGCUUUGUUUUUGCCUUUUUUUUCUCAAGUAUAUUUAGUUUUUAUUUAUAAAAUAAAUUACUUUUUAUGAUGUAUUCCACAGCAACAGUAAACUAUUUUGCAAAGUCA